AGUUCAUCCCCAUUUUUCAGCAGAUUUCGGACAACACAGAGCAUCAACUAAAUGGACAAAACCCAGCAAUUAAAUGGGUAAUUUCGGACUUAAUGGGGCUGUCAACACACCAGAAUUUCCAGCCAGCUGCAGAACCGGACCUGGCGGAGGGAAGAAGCCGGCGGCAAAUUCUGCAGGGGACUCACGGGCUACCUCAAAAUUGAAGGAAUAAGAGGAACUUAGAGUUCUCCAUCUUACAAAAUGAAGAACCCGCGAGACCAAUAGUUGGAGAAAUUUUUAUUAUUGAUUUUUCUAGUUAGUUAGUCGCAUCAUCUCGACGAAUUUUACCAACUUUGGAUGAAAUCAAUUUCUUGGCAAAUU